CUUCGACAUUGAUGAAGCCAGCAAUACGCAAGCGUUGCCGGUUGUUCUGCAAACAAGAUCAGUGUCCAAGUCGAAGACGUCUUCAUUCAAGUUUGUGUGACGGUUGUGGUAGUGUCCUGCAGGAAUACAUAUAUAAAAAAUGGCGCGACGCUAGAAUAAAACGGGCGAUUAGUACCGCCCCCAGAAUAUAUGUCUUUUAUUACUUCCAACUUCGAAAUCCAACAGUAUUUCCCUACGAAAACUUCAGAGACGAUGAAGACGCACAAGUGUUAAAAGAGUCCAUGGAUGGUCUAGGAACGAACGAAAAUGCCAUCAUCGAGAUUUUAGCAAGAAGAUCAAAUGAACAAAGACGACAAAUUGAACAUACUUACAAAACCAUGUUUGGAGAGGACUUAAUAGAAACUCUAAAAGGGGAACUCGGAGGAGAUUUCGAGGACGUAAUACUGGCUCUGAUGAAAGAGCCGUUGGACUUUCAAGUUGAAGAAUUGCAUAGAGCCAUCAGUGGAAUGGGAACAGACGACGAUACAUUGGUAGAAAUAUUGGUUGUACAUGAAAACGAAGAGAUUCAACGUAUCUCCGAGAGGUACCAAGAAUUGUAUGAAACUUCUUUAGAAGACGCCAUUCGAGGUGAUGAGUCAGGCACGUUACAGAGACUUCUCGUUUCCUUGUCAACGGGUGGUAGAGACGACUCUGGGUUGGUUGACAAAAACGCAGCCAUUGCCGAUGCCCAAGCACUAUACGAUGCCGGUGAAUCGUCCUGGGGAACCGAAGAAUCUGUUUUCAAUUCCAUUCUUUGCCUAAAAAAUAAAAGACAACUUAAACUCAUUUUCGACGAAUACGAAAGUAUGAUCGGACAUUCCAUUGAAGAUGCCAUCGACAAUGAAUUUUCAGGAAGCACCAAAAAGGCUUACUUGAGCCUAGUAACGGCAAUUAGAGACAAACCCGUGUACUUGGCCACCAAACUCCACGACGCAAUGGCUGGUAUGGGCACAGACGACAAAACACUUAUCAGAAUUAUAGUAUCUAGAUCAGAAAUAGAUCUUGAAGAUAUUAAAGAAGCCUAUGAGGCCAAAUACGCUAAGACUUUGUACGAGCGGGUGUCGGAUGACUGCUCUGGGAAAUAUCUUAAGACCUUGUUGACAAUAAUAGGCUAAGAUGGACAAAAUUUUUGUUUAAAUUUGAAUAUAACACUUGCCACACAUUUAUUAUAGUACUCAUCUAGUUUAAACUUGUUAAAAAUGGAUUUGAGACAUUUUAUAAAGAUCAUUUUAAAAACUAUGCAGAUAAUAUAUAAGUAUAUAUUUAGUGAAAACGUUUCUUUUAUUUUUGCAAAAUUGUUUGAAAAACCUAGUGAUAGAAACAUGUUUUUAAAGCAAGCAUCAUUUUGAAAUUUGCGCUUGAUAUCUAAAGUUGUUAAGAAGAUAUAGAAGACAGUUUAUUUUGAGUAUUAGAAGCCAUGUCAUGAAAGGUUCAUAUAUUCUGAGGGUCUGAAUCUAUAUGAUGUGGAAUGCAUGAUUUAUUCAUCGUCGGUGAGAAUCUGGAUUUUGAGUAUAAUCACGACAAUUUGUGAUAUAUUGUAAAUAUUUACAUAUUCUUCUAAUUACAGUGUCUUUCAAAUGGAAUAAAACAAUUUCGAAAGCUAGACCAACAGUCAAAAGAGUGUUUCUGUAACAUCCCGGCCAAACUUCUGACUUCAGCCCUAAUAAACUUAGUUGUUUGUAUAUACAGGGUGGUCCUUAAGUAAUUGUACAAAAAGAAACCGUAGAUUCCACACUUUAAAAUAUUACGAUUUAAGUCAAGUUGCUUUAAUAAAAUGUUGAUAUUAAGAAAGAUACAGGGUGUUAAAGUGGUAAUUUAAAAUUUUAUUUUUCGCUAUAACUUUCAUGUUAUAUAUUUAUAUUUAUAUAACAUGAAAAUAAAUAUAUAUGUAUUUAUAUAUUUAUAUAUAUAUAUAUAUAUAUAUAUAUAUAUAUAUAUAUAUAUAUAUAUAUAUAGUACGUGUAUGUGUGUGUGGGUGAGUUGGCUAUAGUUUAUUUUUAUGAACGAGAGAGUAAUUAGCAUAAUUUUAACUGGUACCUUCGACCACUCCAUGGGCGUGCUCAAGAUUAAUUGAAAAAUUACUUUGAAUAAUUGUAAAAAAUAAAUGAAUUAUUUCAGUGUUAUAAAGUGUUAUGUGUAUGUAAACAAAAGUGACCUCUUUUAUCACACACUAUAUUAGAACUGACUGGCCUACAUUUAAAAUGGGUUUUAAAAAAUUCACAUUUUUUUUUAAUUUUUAAAAAUUACAAAAGAGAAAAAGAGUUUUUAAAACCGUCUAAUGUAUGUUAAAUAGAUGAAUAAAAAUAUUAAUAUAAAACUGUUUAACAUCAUGAAUUUUAAAAGUGGUAUUUUUUCUUGAAACUUCACUCUUUAUCUGUGCCCAUACCAGUUCAAUCGGGUUUAAUUCACAAUGAUAUGGUGGGGAUCUAAGUACUGUCAUUCCACGAUUUUUGGCAAUUUCGUAUUUUUUAAAUUUUUCUUUAUGAAGGGCACACAACGAAUAAAGUUCCUUUCUUAUAGAUCCGGGAUGGUACGUAAUAGUUUUUGAACUCAGCCAAUUCUGCAAGUAUUUUUUUAACCACUUGGUUGUGGGCAGUCCUUCUAUAAGUCUGGAGUGAUAACUUGCAUUAUCCAUUGCUAUUACACAGUUCUUAGGAAGAAGAUCUAUCAUUUGUUCGAACCAUUCUUGAAAGACAUCAGCGUUCAUGUCUUCAUGGUAGUCACCGGUACGAGUUGAUUCAAAAGUUAAUAAACCACCUUCAACAAAACCGUCUGAACUGCCAAUGUGUACUAUUAUCAGCCUGCGUCCCUUUCCUGAUGGUGGGUUUAAACCAGUAGAUAAGUUAUUUACAAAAGCGUACCUUUGACUUGUAACAGUUUCAUCCUGCCAAAAUUUAUUUGGUGUAUGAUCCUCGUUGAUCCAUGUUUCAUCAAGAUAAAAUAUUUUUCUUUUUGGUUUCUCAAUUCCUUUAUGGUUCUUAGAAAAUGUCUUCUCCAUAUGACAAUAUCGCUUCUUUCUAAUAAAAUAGACUUUCUGGGAUUCUUUUUCCAGCGGAAGCCUAUUUCUUUUAAAAUUUUCCAUAACGUACUUCGACUCAUUUCUGGGUAAUCCUUAUCAUCUCGAACUGAGACAAGAACUUUAUCCAAUGUUGGAAAUUCAUGUCUAAAGAAGAAUUUAUGCACUUUCUGUCGAAGUCCUUCUUUAAAAUGAUAUUCUAUUUGAAAUUUUGGUUUCCCUGGAGCAUUACGUGGCAUUUGAAAACUACCACAUUUCUCUUCUUUAAUAACUCUGUAAAUCGUAGAUUUCCCAACACCAAGUGUACUGCUAACUAACUCAACGGUCUCAUCAACACUUUCACAUAAACGUUUGUCUGUAAAUGAUUUAAAACAAUUAAAUAUUAAUGUUUUUUCAUUAACUGUUAAAGGACCAAUUUUUCGGCGUUGACACGGCACUUUCAAAUUUUCCAUAACACUAGUAUACACAAUAAACUGCACCUUGCAACUGAAGUACCUACUUUUAGUGAACUGUUAAGAAUUUUGAAUACACCACUUGGACCUUCCUACAAAAUGGAGAAACCCACUAUCACAUUUUCUGUGGAAUAAGUUUAGAAGGUCGUAAUCUAGUCAAUUACUGUCGUAGAUUCCUGAAAUUAAAGAACUAAAUGUUUGAUUGUUGAAACCCUUACUUCGUGGAAUGCACUCAUUUCAGAUAAAAUAAAACGUUUUAUUUUAUCUAAAGAAUUAAACUUUAUUUUGCAAAUAGGUAGGUACUUAUUAAACUUUUAUUGGUUAUAUAUAACCAAUAAAAUAAACAUCUUACAUUUCUUGCAAAUUCAUUAGUACCUGUUAACCUCCAUCACUCUGACACUGGCAACCUUAUUUAGGGAUUAGUAACCCUCACAACUAUUGUAUUCUAUUCUGUUCCAACCUUUAUACCUGGUGGUCAUACUCAAUUUAAAAUUGUUUUCCUAUAUACUUCUGUAAACUUGUUGACAAAUAUCUGUUUUUCAUUGAGUCACCCGUAUCAACAGUUUAGGGAUUUGCAUACAUAAUUUAUUGUUUUAUUACUCUCUCAUACAUAAAAAUACACUAUAAAACAUGAAACGUUAAUAUGCUGUUUUCUCACCUGAGCUUAUACUCUAAUAUUUGCUUCAAAUCGGUGCUUACUUUAAAAACACUAUAAAAUGGACAAGACUAUUUUUGCUUAACAAAACAUCAGUACUAAUUAUUUAAUUGUAUAUUCUUUUAUUUUUAGGAUGACGCCACUGGAAAAUAUGCAAAAGCAUUAUUGACUUUAAUUGGUUAACUUCUAAAUGUUCUUUUCCAAAAUUUACUAUGUACUUUUUUGCUAGGUGUAUACUUGUUCGGUAUUGCAUUCAAAAAAAGUUAAUAUCACAAUUACUCUUAUUUGACUAUGAAUCUUCAACGAAAUAGAUUAUAAGUUACCUAGUUUACUUAAAAUAUUUAUUCUUAAGUUUUCGUAAGGAUUAUUAUACAUAUAUUUAAAAAAUAUUUACUAGAAAUACUCAGAAAAAUGUAAGGUAUUUAAGUAUUUUCGAAAUAGAGUUUGUGCAGUAUUUGAUGAUGUUCACUCAACUAGCAAUAUAUUAACAGCUGCCACUAGAUACAAUAUUUUACACAACAAUUUCAUAUUUUAUUACUUUGUAGUCAUGACUUGCAAACUAACCAAACUUUUGCUAUGAUUUGUUUUGAAUGUAACAAAUGUAACAUCACUAUAAUAAUGUUUUUUUCAAAGUAGUUAAGAGACAGUUUAAUUUGAUUAUUGUGUGAUGUAAGCAAACUAUUUACUUAAGUACACAAACAAUCUAGGCCUUUCUGCUCGUGUCGGAAGAGGUUGGGAGUGGUUAUUUCGAAAUUCAUAUACAAUCUGUUUGUAUAAUCUUUAAAACUAAAAUUAAUUAGGCGCCAUUCCUUAAUAAUUUGCCCUCUUAUGGAAACGAGCUCAGAUAAAGAAAUAAAAUGAAAAAUUUAAAACAAUGCUAACCUUCAUUAUUUUUUCACUCAAACCACCCAAUUUAAGAGACCACUCAAAUAGAACUUCGUCAUGUCUCUUGCACGUUCAAAGAGAGAAAGGAAGAUGAAUGGCGAGGAGUUUACGAAUGUUAUACUUUUGUGGCGAUGGUCGGAGCUAUUAGGAACUACAUUAAUUUGAAGAUGUACUAGGAAUUAGAAUAAUAAAAUUUUUGAUCCGGUUACACAUGGUUCAUCUUUGGUAAUUUACUUAGCAGUAGGAGUAGAGUCGAAUACAGUGAGAUCGAUGACGUUCAUUUACUGAUUCCUACUGGAAGACGUUUAAGACGCUAUCUAUCUAAUUACCCUUCUUCGGUCCAUCUUUGGACAUAGGCCUCCCCAAUCCUUUUCCAUUCUUCUCUGUCUGUCGCUACACUCAUCCAUCUAGAGCCAACGUGCUUCUUGAUAUCAUCUGCCCAUCUCAUUUGGGGCCUUCCUCUGCUUCGUUUAUAUUCCCACGGUCUCCAACUUAUAAGAAUUUUGUUCCAUCGGUCUUCUUUUUGUCUUAUAUUGUGUCCGGCAAAUCUUCAUUUCAAUUUUGCAACUUCUUGUCUAACAUCCCUCACUUUUGUUUUCUCUCUUAUCCACUCGUUUCUCUUCUUAUCCAUUAGUCUUAUGUGCAACAUUUGUCUUUCCAUUGCUCUUUGGGUUUUUAUGAUUUUGUCCAUGUUUGCUGUUGUAAAUGUCCACGUUUGGGAGCCAUACGUAAGAACAGGGAGUACGCAUUGAUUAUAUACUUUGGUCUUAAGAUGCUGUGGAUAUCUUUUGUUUUUAAGAAUGUAGCUUAGUUUGCCAAAUGCAGCCCAUGCCAGUCUAUCUCGUCUCUUGAUCUCUGCUGUUUGGUUCUCUUUGUUAAGUUUUAUAGUUUGACCAAGAUAUAAUAUAUAAUCCUUAACUUGUUCUAUUUCAUCUUGUCCGAUUCUCAUUGUGAUGUCUUCAUCUGUAUUUGUUAUAGUUUUGGUCUUGCCGUAAUUCAUAUUAAGGCCUAUCUUUCCCGCUUCUACGUCCAGUUCUUUCAUCAUUUCAAAUAAUUCUUCUUUUUUAUCGGUUAUCAAUACGAUGUCAUCAGCAUACCUUAGAUGGUUCAAGCGUUGUCCACAAAUUUUUAUACCUUUGUUUUCCCAUUCUAAUCUUUUAAAAGUAUCUUCAAGAGCCUGAUUGAAAAGUUUCGGUGAUAUUGUAUCACCCUGUCUCACGCCUCUACUUAUUUGUAAUGAUUUUGUUUCUUUUAAGAUGCUAGAAAAGCGGUAAUAUUUCAAUGCAUUUUUUUAUUGCUGCUUUAAUAAAAACAAAAUGCAACAGAGAAAUAUUUUGGGGCCACUUUUUGAUUGUAUAUGGUCCAUGUUACACAUGCUUUUUUAAAAACAAAAUGCAACAGAGAAAUAUUUUGGGGCCACUUUUUGAUUGAAUAAUACUACAAUCUUAUCAAAAGAAAAAUCGCAGUGGAAGCUUAUGCGAUGGAUUUGAUUUGAUCACCUCUACAUAUUAGUAGGACAAUUUGUUCACCAUCCCACGUGGCAAAUAAUUGCGAAUAUUAUAUCGUCAUAUAUAACUACUUUGGAAAAAAUAAAAUAUUUUCUUGUCUUUUAAGCACUUUCAAGUUUUAUUUCUAAUUAAAUAACAAAAUUACAUGUUUUAUACAAAGCUGUUUUGCGAAUUGUUACUUUAUCUACUUCUUUUCCAGAGCGACGAAUCUUCAAACAUCAGAAAGAUCCUGCUCGCAUUAAUUGAGUGAACUUUUAUAAUAAUAUAAGAUAAAUGUGAGCUUAAAAUUCACAAAAUGCUUGAAACGGUAGACUGCACCUGAUAUUUGCUAAAUUUUUACAAUAAAAAUUGUGUUAAACCUAUUAUAAAAUGUAUUUAUUUCUAUUGAAUGUUAUAUAACGCUUAUAUAUUUUAUGAUUGUAUUUUUAGAUGGUUGUGACGCAAAUAAAUAUAUUUUAC